AUGAGUUAUCUUAUGAUAAUGUACUACUGUGUUGCUGGUAUCUCUGCUGUAUUUUUUGUUUACUCAUUAUACUUGAUUUUUAAAGUUUCCACACCACAAAUGGUUCCGUACAUCUACUACUUACUCACGAUACAGGUGACCAAAGAAGAAGAAAAAGUAGGUAUCGCUCAAGAUCUAUUUGAGGCUUUCACUUUUUUGGAAUCGAUCUACUGGACAGUGCUUAUGGCACCGAUAAUAAAGCUACCUAUAUUUGGUAUAGAACUUGGUGGUUUGAUUUGGAUGCUUUUCAAAUUACCCUCGCAAUAUAUAUUUCUCAACUCUACUCUCAUAUUUGAUGAUAGUUUUGUCACUAGUGGUGGUCCCACAACUUUACUUUGGCUAGCUUUUCUGCUCGUUGGAUCGACUACAGCUGUUGUCGGUAUCACUAUCAUAAUCAAGCAUGUUUCAAUCAUUCUCAAGGAUCAGGCAAAGUUUAGCCAGACUUCUAGAGAUAUGCAUCGAAAUGCUAUUACUGGUCUCAUCAUUCAGGUAAGCGGAAAAAGAAAAGCAAUUUUAUUAGGGGGGAGUGGGAGACUGAGACUCUGAUA